UUUCCUCAAUUAGAUGCUCCUGUUGGAAGGCCUUUUACUUUUGCUAUUGCAGAAGGGCAUCAUAUCGAUAUUGAAAGACUUCCUGGAUGGUGUAAAUUUAAUUCUAGUGCCAAAUUGCUUUAUGGAAUUCCUCAAUUGUCUAAUGUUGGGUUGGAACAUAUUCUUAUACAUGAUUCGCUCAUUGAAGUUAAAGUUUAUGAGGAAGAGGAUAACAUUUGUGGUAAAGAUAGUUCAACUUAUUGGCUUGAAAUUAUGGAUCCUCGACUAUUAAAUAAAAUUUCAAUUCAAGAACAAUUGUUUGUUUUCUAUUUACCGUAUAAC